AUGUUUCGUACUGCCAGCGAAAUUUCCAGCGAUCUUCGCCGACUAAAAAGCAGUCUAAUUGGUGAUGAUAUGGCAAAAUGGAAGUUCUUCAAGGAUCCAGCAAAUUUGAUGACACAGAUCACAGAAUUUGCACUUGAAUCGCAUCAAGGUCAGUUCCACACUGAUUCUGAAAGUUUGAGAUGCGAAGCUUUAGAUUUGAUGCUAAUAGUGCUGAAUUUGGGACAACACGAAAGGCAAGCAUUGGGCUCCACCUACAGCGAUGCUGUGGAGCUGGUGAUGUCAAAAAUACAAUUUCUAGAAGAAGAAACACCGUUAAUUGCAUUCCACAAAGCUCGGCUCUCAAAUAUGUGUUUGGAAAGCGUGAGCUCGCGUGCUCUGCUGAGACUUAAUUUAGAGGAGGGUGUGCGUGCUACUUUGGUUCGAUAUGCGCAACAACGUGUCCAUAACGCCUGUUCAGAGCUUCAUGACGCACUUAUCGUUGAGCUGCUCUCCUGUAUCAUGAAACAAGUCGACCUGGAAGCCGAUGUGGACGUCUUCCUGGCGACCCAUGCCCUUUUGCUGGCUUUUUCUCAGAAAUACCAGCCACAGCUUCGAUUUAGAUACCUUACUGCUGAAUCUAAUCCUGACGCAAGUGUACGACAAUACCAUCUCUUUGAUCUUGUGGAUGUACAGCAAACUUUCCUAAAGUCUCCCCGUGCCUGUCCCGAUCCUGUUGCAAUCCAAAACACUACAGACAUAUCGAUCUUCUAUCUGUCGUUAAACGUGUAUCUAAAGAUGCGAAGCCUGCUGGAUAGCUCGUUUGUGAAGAGCGCUGACUUGAGGGAAAACAAGAGCUUCGAACUUCUGACAACCAGUUUCUUAAAAAGCCAGAAUAUGGCCCUGCGAUGCUCUGCCAUCCAAUUCAUGGUAAGUUCCUACUUUGACGGAUCAGAUACUGAUUACGAGUGGAAAGAGGGUAUUAGGGGCUUGCUGCUGCCUCAUUUAUGCGAAUGCCUCAACUACGACAACCUUCCGUGGUGGUUUGAUCCUUUGGACAUUCUAACUGGUCUUGUAAACUGGUGCAAUGAGCAUUAUCCGCUGAACAAUCCCGUUUCCACUUAUUUUCUCGAAACGAACCUAAUGAACUCAAUUGUGCAUAUGCUUUCAAGAUGCCUUGCUUUGAAUAGUCGCGACUAUGACACCUUGAAGAUCACCGGGAAAGUCAUCAAACUGUGCGCAGCGCUAACCGGUUUCAGUGAAAUCACAAGAAGACGUCUUUUCACCAUAAAGGCUCUUUUGCAGCACGCCGAGGCUGGAUUGGACUCACAUUUGCAGUUGCUAGACUGCUUCGUGGCCCAAGAAGACGCUCACUCUUUUUCUUUAGAAAAUCGGGAGUUAUUACCAUUUUACGACACUGAAUGUACGUUCGCGUGGAUGUUACUUCUGAGAUCCUUCUCGCGAAGCGUCACUGCUUUAAGAACAUUUCUGAAACGAAACCGGCUUGCCGAGUUGCUUCUAAACUUAGUGAAGCGAACAUGUCUGCUGACAGAAAACGAAAAGAACCAUGGCAGCGCUCUGCUGGAGGGCGAGAUCAAAAUCAUGAGUGCAGCUCUUGGUAUCCUUUCUAAUUUCGUGGUUGAGUUCUCGAACUUGCAAUCGCACAUUGUCGAGAACGGUAUCAUCGACAUAGUUGGCAAGAUACUGAAAAGCCCGCUGUUCAGCAACAGUAUCAAGCCUGAAACCGAAGUUUCAGUAGAAGACCUGCGCUCUAGCAACGUCCAGGACGUGCAGAAAAAUGCUUUGUGGGUGCUGCGGCAUCUAAUGUACAACUCGCACAACGAAGAGAAGCUUGAACUCAUUUCCAUAAUACCCAUGGAAACCAUCUUACAGUUUGUGAACAACGGCAACUGGCUGGUCCAGGAGCAGUGUUUCCAACUUCUGAGAAAUCUAACGUGCAAUUCUCGUAAAAUGGUCAACAUCUUGCUGGAGAAUUUCAGCGAUGCUGCAACCCCUGCGGAUUCGCAUGCGACUUCCAGUACGGUGAGGCCCACUUAUCUGUUUGAGUUUCUGGCACACAAGCUCAAGAUGCUAGACGCAAGUGAUGCAGUGCAAGCUAGAACGCUCGAAGGCGUGCUGUACAUCAUUGUGAACAUCACCGCCAUCAACGAAAACAAGCGCCAGAUGGUGAUUGAACAAGACGAAAUUCUGCUUUUUAUCAAACAAGUGCUCGACGACCCGGGCGCUGGCGCCCCAAACGUCGCUGACAUCGAGGUUGCAUGUCUGUGGAUACUUACGAAUCUCAUUUGGGCGUCUACCGCGUCUAAUUUCCUCGUAGGUGCCACGCAACCCCAUCCGAUUUUGGAGCAAACUGAGACGCAUGCGUCUGAUCCACUUUCUGCGUCGCGCCAAGCUUCUCGCAAGACAAGUGGCGCAAUUAACGACGAGGACAGCGAAAACGAGCGAGACCCACACCACCAAGAACAAGAACAACGAGAUAACCUCAACGACGAAGACAAUGACAAUGACAAUGACAAUGACAAUGACAAUGACAAUGACAACGACAAUGACAACGAUAACGACAACGAUGGCUACGAUGAUGACGAUGACGACGGUAUCUCCGAGUACGAAGACGACGAAACCUAUUUUAGAAGACAUGCAGUCGACAUCUCUGUUGGCGAGUCCUUCGAGCUCUCCAGACCUAAGAACUUCGGCGCACCUGCCAAACUCAAGAUUUUUGCAGCCCAGAGAUGUGCUAAACUGGUCAAAAUGGGGCUCUACGACGUCGUGAAGAAAAACGCUCUUGCCGGAGAAAUGUCAGUUCGUGAACAGGCAAAACUACUGCUAUUCCACAUGGAUCUACUGCGCAGAGGCAUUUGA